CACUCUGCUUGAUUCUAAAUGUACAUGCUGAUUCUUACAAUCUUUUUGUUUUCCAGACACAUGAGACAAGAUGAUGAUGACUGCAUGUCAGAUGUUUUCCCUCUGGAAGACAUUAGAGGCAACAAUCACGUGCUACAUCACGACUUGUCAUACAUACCAUCGGGCACCCCUCCACAAGGAAGCACAACAGAAAGCAUGCAAGAAUUCACCAUUUGUCGACGACCUAUGCAGCAAAAGAGCAAACCGGCAUGUAUCAGAUCAUCCUCCGUUGACCAUUCUCUCAACAGCUCUGCAGGCCUUUGUGAGGAGCCAGAACACAGAAUGCAAGACAGUGAGUUUCAGACUGUACAGUCAUUAGAAGCAGACAGGUCAACUGCUGCAGAUACAUUAACAAGAAAUCAGGAACUUAGUGCAGAAUCACUUUCCACGGAAUCUGUUGUACUGGUGUACAAGAAUAAACUCAUACAACUGGCACAGAAAUGCAUGAUACAACAUUGUGAUAUAUGUAGAGAAGGUGUGUCAGUAACAAACACAGUCAAAGGAUCAUGCAUCAAGCUAUCAUGGGUGUGUUGCAAUGGUCAUAUUGCUUACCAGUGGUCAAGUCAACAUACAGUUAGGAAGGGUUUACAUCUUGGUGAUGUUAUGAUAGCAGCGGCAAUCUUCCUGACUGGAAACAACUAUGCUAAGAUAGCAUUGCUAGCAAAGUGUCUUGGCUUAGCAUUUAUCCACCAAGCCAGUUAUUACCGGUUACAGCGAAGAUACAUAGUCCCAGUCGUUACUGACUACUGGAAUGAGAUGGUGAGGAAUAUGUUGUCCACUCGUAAACACAUUAAUGUGACAAUCCUGGGUGAUGGUCGUAUGGAUAGUCCCGGACACUCUGCACAGUAUUGCACUUACACAUGCAUGGAUGAGCAAACCAAAGAGAUUUUGCUCAUACAAGUGGUUGACAAAAGAGAAACAGAACUGAGUUCUCCACGAAUGGAGAAAUUGGCCUUUGAGAGGUGCAUAAAAACUCUUCAAGAUUCACAACUCAAGAUAGAUGAGCUGGUGACUGAUGCACAUCCACAAAUUGCUAAACUAAUGAGGACUAGGUAUGCAUCAAUCAAGCACUCCUUUGAUAUGUGGCAUGGGGCCAAAAAUCUUGCUAAACGAAUUAACAAGGCUGGACUGCAGCGUGGCUGCAGAAUUCUGUGUCAGUGGACCAGGCAAAUUGUCAAUCACUUCUGGUAUUGCUGUCAGCACUCCGAGAGUACAGAAGAAUUCAUGAUCCAUUGGGGUGGUAUUUUAUACCAUGUGGUAAACCAGCAUGAGUGGGGUAGUGGGAUACAUGAUAACUAUGAACCGGUUGGACAAUGUCAGCAUGAGUCUCUUGGGGUGGAGCAUGCGCCGCCAUGGCUAGAGCCUGACAGCCCAGCACAUGAAAAGUUAAGGCAGAUUGUUCUAGACCCCAGAUUUGUGGAGAAAACAAGACAUUACGUCAGCUACAGAACUACAGCAGAAUUAGAACAGUUCCACCAGGUCAUAUUAAAGUAUGCUUCAAAACGGCAAUCCUACACUUUCCCUGCAUUUCGGGCUCGGAAUUUUCUUGCUGCGAUAGACCACAACAGCCACAGAGGUCGUCCAUAUGCGCGUAACAAGGAAGGCAGAUAUGUGUACCGUAGAAAAUUUAACAAGAAAAGCGGACGUUGGACAGUGGUGCGCAUGAAACAAAGUAAAGAUUACAAUUACCUCAUACCAAUAAAGGAAAAAAUUUUGCAACGUAGACUGGCAGACCACACUAAACUUCAUGAACGAGCCACACUGUCUUAUGAUGAUCCACGCAACAUACAGCCCACAAUUGCCCCUUAUCAACCACCAGACACAAGACAGUUGGUCGAGGAACACUUAUCAAGAUUUCAGCAGCAUUCAGACAAUUUGUAGUAGACUUUGGCUUCAUUUGACAUGGAAAGAUAACAGACAUCAAACUUCGUAGUUAUGCGUCAAAAGGAUAGAGCAGUCAUGGAA